AAUAAUUCAUUUCCAGGUUGCUGCGCAGCUGAGCGGUGGCAUGAAACGUAGACUGUGCGUUGGAAUAUCAUUAAUAGGCGAAAGUCCGGUUUUGUUGCUGGAUGAACCAACAUCUGGUAUGGAUCUCGGUUCCCGUCAUGUCAUUGCUACAAUUCUCGAAAAGUACAAACAGUCGAAGACGGUUUUACUGACAACUCAUUAUAUGGAUGAAGCGGACCUACUUGGUGACCAUAUUGCAAUCAUGGUAAAGGGUCAUCUCAAAUGCGCUGGCACAUCGGAAGAUCUGAAAAGCCGUUUUCAAGCAGGAUAUCUGUUAUCGGUCGAUUUCUCGGUACGUCAAAACAUACACGUUGCUGCGCAGCUGAGCGGUGGCAUGAAACGUAGACUGUGCGUUGGAAUAUCACUAAUAGGUGAAAGUCCGGUUUUGUUGCUGGAUGAACCAACAUCUGGUAUGGAUCUCGGCUCCCGACAUGUCAUUGCUACAAUUCUCGAAAAGUACAAACAGUCGAAGACAAUUCUACUGACAACUCAUUAUAUGGAUGAAGCGGACCUACUUGGUGACCAUAUUGCAAUCAUGGUAAAGGGUCAGCUCAAAUGCGCUGGCACAUCGGAAGAUUUGAAAAGCCGUUUUCAAGCAGGAUAUCUGUUAUCCGUCGAUUUCUCGUAUUGCCAGUUUUUUUCGGUCUAUCGAUGAUG